UAAUGCUGCAUGCAAUUAGAGGAUAUGAAUCAUCUGGUUUUGAAAUUGAUAUAGUGUGAUCGUCAAAUUAUGAUGUGAUUUUUUUAUGAAGAUUCACUGAAAUGUUAUUGCUGGAUAGUACUUACGUUAGAAUGAGAUCCUCUGUUUAUGCAUUCAUAACUUCAGGGCCUUUAAAAAAAAUGUUUUGUUUGAUUAACUCAUGAAGUAAUUGAUGUUAUACUGAGUAGUACUUAUACUGGAUACUAUAGCAGAGCAGAGCUAUGGAGUUAUUGACAGCAAUGACCUCUUUAAUGGCGAUUCUGGCCUUUAGGCAGACAGUAGUGCAGGCACUCAUGCAAGCAUGUGCAACCCUGCCCCCUGACGUCCGAGUUGCUUUUAACAGAUUCAUGCAUCGUAUUCUCAGUUGGUUUUCAGCCUACACUUACUUUGAAAUCAUGGACGUAGAUGGUGUCAACACCAAUGAGCUUUACAGUGAUGUACAACUUCACCUAAGCAACUCUCCAUCCAUUUCUGCAACUAGGAUUACAAGGUCUAAGAACUCGAGCUCUUUUUCCUUCAGUCUUGCUGACAAUGCUAAGUUUGAUGACAUAUACAAUGGGGUUUCCAUCUGGUGGGAGCACCGAGUGACCCAGAGGCAGAGUCACUCAUUUUCAUGGAGGCCACUGCCAGAGGAGAAGAGGGGAUUUGUUUUAUGGAUUCCCAAGGAGGACACAGAGCGUGUCUUGAAUCCAUAUUUGGGAUACAUCAUGGAGCAUGCUUCAGAGAUCAGAAGAAAGAAGAGAGACCGUUUGCUGUACACAAAUUCUAAGGGAAGUAUGGAUUCCAGAGGUCAGCCAUGGGAUUCAGUGCCCUUCAAGCAUCCAAGCACUUUUGAUACUCUGGCACUGGACCCAGUUAGGAAAUCAGAGAUUAUAGCAGACCUUGAUGCCUUUGCCAAAGGGAAGGAAUUUUAUCAGAACACCGGAAGGGCCUGGAAAAGAGGGUAUUUGCUUCAUGGACGUCCAGGGACAGGUAAGUCUAGUAUGAUUGCAGCCAUGGCUAAUCACUUGUGCUAUGAUGUAUAUGACCUUGAACUUACAGAGGCUAGGACAAAUGUAGAGCUACGGAAACUACUGAUCAAGACUACUAACAAGUCUAUCAUUGUUAUUGAGGAUAUUGAUUGCUCCCUCAAUCUCUCUGACCGUGCCAAAAAGCCUUGCAGGGUAGAGGUUAAAUCAGAGUCUCCUGUGGAUAAAUCUGAUGAUAACAGCAAUACAAUUACCCUCUCUGGAUUGCUGAAUUUCACUGAUGGGCUAUGGUCAUGCUGUGGUAGUGAGAGAAUAUUUGUCUUCACCACUAACCAUUUAGAGAAGCUGGACCCUGCAUUGCUAAGGUCUGGUAGGAUGGAUAUGCACAUCUUAAUGUCAUUCUGCACUUUCCCUGCCUUGAAAAUUCUUGUUAGGAAUCAUCUUGGUAUUGAAAACCAUGAACUUUUUCCACUACUUGAGCAGAAUAUUGAGGAUGCCCAGAUGACACCUGCAGAUGUCAGUGAAAUCCUCAUAAAGUAUCGUCUCAAUCCACCAAGAGCAUUGGAAGAGUUGCUUGAAGCAUUCAAGGCUACAAAAGAGAGACCUCCUCUUGAAUCUUCUGUUAACAGAGAAGAAAACCCGAUUGAAGAGGAAAAUGAGGAGCAAGAAAGGAGAGCCCUGGAUAUCCACAAGAAGAUUGAAAGAGAGGAACUCUUGGAUUUUGGUAAAAUAUUGUCUUAAACAGAACUGUUACGAAUAUGAACACGGAGAAAUUAAGAAAGAGUAAUUAUCUUUCUGAGGAAAGGAAGAGUGCAAAUAUAAAGAUGCAGCAAUCUAAUUUUAGUUGUAUGUUAUAGUUCAGUUGAUAAAAAUGAUGGCAUGUUCUAUCUAUUAAUAUUCAGAACUUUUUAGAAUUACAAAUGUAUACUCCUUCGUAAUAUAACUAUCUGUUUUAUAUUAACA